AUGAGAAGAUUGCUGCCUAGGGCUUGCUUAGUCAGUCCGAGGCGAGCGUACAAGGUGCUGGCCAUCGAGACCUCAUGCGAUGAUACCUGCGUCGCUAUACUGGACAGACAUUCGGAGGAAUUGGCUCCAAGGACAUUGAUACACUUGAAAGAGACCCUCGAUAGUGCUUCACAGGGAGGUAUCGUUCCUACGAGGGCACAUCUGCACCACCAAUUGAAGAUCGGCGUUCUCACGCAGAAAGCUCUCAGGACGACAGGCACGUCAGCCGUUGAUCUGGUCUGCGUCACCAGAGGUCCUGGGAUGCCCGGGUCUCUUUCAGGAGGACUGGAUUUUGCCAAAGGAUUGGCAGUGGCGUGGCAGAAACCGCUGCUGGGCGUGCAUCAUAUGCUCGGCCAUCUGUUGGUUCCCAGGUUGUCGACAAAUGGUAAGGCGCCAGCGUAUCCUUUCCUGAGCUUGCUGGUUAGCGGCGGCCACACAACCGUGGUUCUCACCAGAAGUGUUACAGACCAUGAGAUUAUGUGCGAUUCGAUGGACAUCGCCGUCGGAGACUCGCUGGACAAGUGCGGAAGAGAGCUAGGCAUCAGGGGGACCAUGAUUGCCAAGGAGAUGGAGAAGUUCAUCGAUGAAGAUCCUAGCUGCAAGUUUGACGCUGGUAUUCGAAUGACGUUGCCCAACCCGUUGAGAAAUAAAAAUAACAGAAUAGACGUGCAAGCGUUUUCGUUUGCACCUUUCUUGACAGCUGUGCGAAACAAUAUCGACAGGCCUAUCGAGGAAUAUACUAGGGAUCAGAUCAGGUCGAUGGCCUACCAGACCCAGGAAGCGAUAUUCAAGCACAUCUUAUCGAGACUGACAAAAGUUAUCGAACUUAAUGCGGACAAACUAGUCGGAGUACGACACUUCGUGUGCUCCGGUGGUGUUGGCGCCAAUAAGAGGUUACGAACACUGCUUGAGGAAAAUCUCUCUGGCAGAUUCACCGAAUUCUUCUAUCCUCCAACAGAUCUUUGCACAGACAACGCUGUCAUGAUAGGCUGGGCUGGCAUCGAGCUGUUUGAAUCGAGGAGUUUAUGUACUGAUCUUGAAGUGUCACCUAUCCGUAAAUGGCCGCUUUCUGAACUGCUCGGUGUUAGCGGCUGGAGGCAGCUGGAAGGAAAGGACCCUUGUAAAUAA